CCACAUCCACAGUUCGACGCAGUCGAAAUGUCAACGUGUGACGUAAAUGUAAAAUAUUGACAGACAGACGCGGAAAGAGUGUCGGAAUCAAAAUGGAAUAUUUCAAGAGCAGUUUGAAGUCCGUUUUAGGAACCAUUCCGGCCGGCACACAGCCCACGGGUGCCGAUACAGUGGAAAAAUUAGUAGACAGAUUGCAGUCGUCCACUUUGCUCGAUGACAGACGUGAUGCCUGCCGCGCGCUCAAAGCGCUGUCUCGCACAUACCGUGUUGAAGUAGGAGCUCAGGGAAUGGACGCGUUGAGACAAGUGUUGGAAAUUGAUAGGACAGAUUGCGAGAUAAUCGGCUUGGCCUUGGACACUCUGUGCAACAUAACAUAUCCCGAAACGUUUGAGGAAGAAGUUGAUAAACAUGGUUCUGACAACAAAAUAGGAGAACAGUUCACAGAAAUAUUUAUUAAGCACACAGAGAGCGUUGGGUUGGUAUUGACAUUUUUGGAAGAAUCUGACUUUCGUGUUAGAUGGCCAGCUGUGAAGCUGCUGAAACAUUUGUUGGAAAACAGAUACAAGGACAUUCAAGAGAUGAUCUUGGUCAGUCCUAUGGGAGUCUCCAAACUGAUGGACUUGCUAAAUGACAGCAGAGAAGCUAUACGCAACGAAGUUGUGAUGCUACUUACCCAAUUGACCAAAGGUAAUGCAAACAUACAGAAAAUAGUAGCGUUUGAAAACGCGUUCGAUCGUUUAUUCGAUGUCAUCCAGCAAGAGGGUAAUUCUGAUGGCGGUAUUGUGGUGCAAGAUUGUCUCUCGCUUAUGUUGAAUCUUCUCAAGGGAAACAUCAGUAAUCAAAACUUCUUCAAAGAAGGUACUUAUAUACAGAGACUGACUCCGAUGUUUCAAAUACCUGCCGAAAUAGAAGACAGUAAUUUCGGCGGCUGGAGUCCGCAGAAGGUUGCUAACAUUCACUGCAUGGUGCAAGUUGUGCGAGCGUUGGUAGCACCAAGCGCUCCUGCUCAGGCAGUCGCGGCUUGCCAACGAACUAUGAGAGCAUGCGGAUUGUUGCAAGCGUUGUGCGACAUACUGAUGGCGAGCGGUGUGCCCGCGGACGUGUUAACGGAAACCAUCAACACUGUAGCGGAAGUGAUACGAGGAAAUGCAAGUAAUCAAGAAUUUUUGGCGAGUGUCCUAGCACCGACCAUUCCUCCAAGACCAGCUAUCGUCGUCCUAUUGAUGUCCAUGGUGAACGAAAAGCAACCCUUUAUCCUCAGGUGUUCAGUAUUAUAUUGUUUCCAAUGUUUUCUUUAUAAAAACGAAGUGGGACAGACGCAGUUAAUACAGACUUUAUUGCCGCAAAGUAACGAGGCACCAUCGCUAACUACAGGACAAUUACUGUGCGGUGGGUUGUUUUCUACGGAUUCUCUAUCGAAUUGGUUCUCCGCUGUGGCGCUGUCUCACGCCUUGAUCGAGAACAUAAGUCAGAAAGAGCAGUUGUUGAAAGUGCUUCUCGCGACCAACAUCGGAAAUCCACCAGUAACGCUCAUGCAGCAGUGCGUUAUGUUGCUGCAACAGGGUAACAAGACGCAAUGCAAAUUGGGACUGCUGAUUUUGCUCUGUCGAUGGACUUCGUACUGUUCGCUCGCGGUCAAAUCGUUUCUGGCUAUCGACUCCUCGGUGGCAUAUUUGACGGCUCUUCUGUCGUCGCAAGAGAACAACGACGAUCUACAGGAAAUCUUAUUGCAGAGCAUGUGCGCAUUGCUGAUCGGAAUUUGCGUGCACUUCAACGACGAUAGCGUGCCUACUUAUACCAAGGAAAAAGUAUGCAGUUUAAUCGAGAACAGAAUAGGCCUGGAAAGAUUUCAGGAUGCGAUCGGUGGCAUCGCCAAACACGAGAUAUACUCCCGUACGCUGAAACAUCCGCAACCCUCGGCCAAAAAUCCGUCUGAACUUUUAUUGGAUCACGAAUUUUGCAGACUGCUGAAGAGUUUAGAAGGUGUCAUAAUAAAAUCGGUGAUAGAUGCUAACAACGAACAUCAAAACAAAAAUCAAUUGUCUAUGAUGAGUUUGUCAGACAACACGUUAGUUUCGCAGUAUAAGGACCUUAUAAGAGAGCAGGACAUGCAAAUUCAAAGAUUAACGCAAGCUAACGAAUCUCUCGCAAAAGAAAAACAAGAACUUGAGGCUCAAGUGCAGGAACUUCGAUCGACCGUCAGCCAUCUACGAGAUCAAAAUUUAGUACUUAGAGCUGCGCAAGCGAAUAUAAAAGACGGAAAGGAAGCCGUUGUUUCCACCAACAAUAAUGUAGAUUUAGAAAAGGAAUUGCAAACGUACAAAACAAUGGUUGCAGACUUGGAAGGUCGUUUAGCGGAAUAUUCGCGGAUAAUACAAGAGCACAAAGAAAAUAACAGCGAAAAAGAAUCGAAAUUAGAGCACGAAUUGAAAUUAAAGACGGACGAGCUCGAAAAACUAAAAAAGGAUCAGGAAGAUCUUCUGGAACUCUUAACAGAUCAAGAUAAUAAAAUUAUGUUGUACAAAGAAAGAUUAAUCGAAUUAGGAAAUAAGAUUGAAUCCGACGAAAGUUCAGGUGAAGUUGAUACAGAUGACCAGCCGGAAUCGAGCAACUGAAGAAAUCUAAUUGGUGCCAUUCCAGAGAUAAAAGAGUAAAUGAAUUACACUCAGUGCGCGCGCGCACCCACGCACACGAACGCACACGCGCGUUUCCUACACAUCCUUUGUACAUCGUUUUCCAUUCAAAUUUCACUUUGUGUCCUACAUAAUGUAAAAUUAUAAAAUAUAUAUGUACAAAUGUGUGCUCGUCUUUGUAGUAAGAGAGCAAAACUGUUGUCGCAAACAUUCCUUAAAAAAAAAAAAAAAAAAGUUCAAAAUAAUUUAA